AUGCGUAAUUAUGAUAAUCUUGCUCAAUCUUCCAGAUAUGACCUCAAUCGUUUCGACAACACGUGUCUUUCGCGGCAGGUGCGGCAGGUGGAGAUGCACGACAGCAAAGGCGACGGGGACCGCAGUGGAAAGACAGUCACCAUCACGCUGGACAACCUCUACAUGUACUAUGUGUCGAGCACUUACAUCCCCACGUUCCUCCUCAUCUUCAUCGGGAUGCUGACCUUCUUCUUCCCUCUCGACGACUUCAACGACAGGAUCAUGGUUUCCCUCACCUCCUUGCUCGUCCUCGCGGCUUUGUUUACACAGGUGAGUGCAUCCAUACCCAAGACGUCGUACCUGAAGCUCGUGGAUGUGUGGUUUAUUUUCUGCAUUUGCAUCGUCUUCUCUGUCGUGGCAACGCUUACCGCCAUCAACUAUUUCAAGAGAUCACCAAAAGUUUCUCCCUUGGUCGUAGUGAAACCAGCAAUGCAGCCGACGACAGACAACAAAAUUACGAACGCCUCCAUAAGCGCCAUUAACCGUCUAUGCCAACUUACGUUCCCUGUGAUUGCUCUGCUGUUCACGGCAAAUGCUCUUGCACAUACACAGCAAGGUUAG